AUGUCCACGUUCAAAAGCAUGAGUUAUCAAUCGAUCGAGAAGGUGAACAUGAUGCCAACUGCAUGUGCCGUAUAUGUAAGAGAACGACACGAGAUUGAGUGUGUCCUGCGACUUGGAGGUUGGAAGUCCAUUAAGAUUUUACAGUUGGUGGCAGCCGAUAUGGAGGAACUGGCAGUAGACGACGUGGUGGGGGAAUAUAUGGUAGGGUUAAUAGAAGAGCAGGGUGUAGAGGGACGCAGAACUCGUCUGGAGAAGCGAUCAGAACAGUAG